GUUUAUACGGAGAGACGGCGCAACAAUUGUCCAUAAAGCAAAGCGCUCACCAUUUCUGAACUUUUCUACUUCUCAAACCUCAUUCCUCAUUCCUCGAUUCCGCUCUGUCUGUAACUGUAGAUCCGACCCGAUCCAGUCUAUUCGGAUUAAUCUGGAGGCAGAUCUACUGGGUUGCAGCCAUGCCCGUGGCAGCUUCUGCUAUAUACUUCUUAAAUCUCCGGGGCGACGUCCUCAUUAACCGCCUCUACCGCGAUGACGUCGGGGGAAAUAUGGUAGAUGCCUUCCGUACACAUAUAAUGCAGACAAAAGAACUGGGGACAUGUCCUGUGAGACAGAUAGGAGGCUGCUCUUUCUUGUAUAUGAGAAUUAGUAAUGUCUAUAUAGUGAUUGUUGUCAGCACCAAUGCUAAUGUUGCUUGUGCUUUCAAGUUUGUUGUUGAGGCAGUUGCCUUGUUCAAAUCAUAUUUUGGUGGAGCUUUUGAUGAAGAUGCCAUUCGCAAUAAUUUUGUUUUAAUUUAUGAACUUUUGGAUGAAAUUAUGGACUUUGGUUACCCCCAAAAUCUUUCGCCUGAAAUUUUGAAGCUCUACAUUACUCAAGAAGGUGUGCGCUCCCCAUUUUCGUCAAAACCUGUUGAUAGACCAGUUCCUAAUGCAACAUUACAAGUCACUGGUGCUGUUGGCUGGCGGAGGGAGGGUCUUGUAUACAAGAAGAAUGAGGUGUUUCUGGAUAUUGUGGAAAGUGUCAAUCUUCUCAUGUCCUCUAAAGGUAGUGUUUUACGUUGUGAUGUUACUGGAAAAGUCCUCAUGAAGUGUUUCCUUUCCGGGAUGCCUGAUCUGAAGUUGGGCUUAAAUGAUAAAAUUGGCCUUGAGAAAGAGUCGCAGCUCAAAUCCCGCCCAACUAAGAGUGGAAAAACUAUUGAGCUUGAUGAUGUCACUUUCCAUCAGUGUGUAAAUUUGACAAGAUUCAACUCAGAGAAGACUGUCAGCUUUGUUCCCCCAGAUGGUGAAUUUGAACUGAUGAAGUAUCGUAUUACUGAAGGUGUAAAUCUUCCUUUCCGUGUUUUGCCAACUAUAAAGGAAUUAGGUCGGACACGCAUGGAAGUGAAUGUAAAGGUUAAGAGUGUCUUCGGUGCUAAAAUGUUCGCACUCGGUGUAGUGAUUAAAAUUCCAGUACCAAAGCAAACGGCAAAAACAAAUUUUCAGGUGACAUCAGGAAAAGCAAAGUAUAAUCCUUCUAUUGACUGUUUGGUCUGGAAGAUUCGAAAAUUUCCUGGACAAACUGAGCCAACAUUGAGUGCUGAAGUAGAGUUGAUUUCAACAAUGACAGAGAAGAAAUCAUGGACUCGGCCACCGAUUCAAAUGGAAUUUCAGGUUCCCAUGUUUACAGCAUCUGGAUUACGUGUUCGUUUUCUCAAGGUGUGGGAGAAGAGUGGCUAUAACACAGUUGAAUGGGUUCGUUACAUUACCAAAGCUGGUUCCUAUGAGAUUAGGUGUUAGGAGAGAGUACUGUAAAAUUCUUUGUUGCACAAAUAAUUGAAAUUUGUUGAAGCCUCUAUGGUCUUGAAGUUAAACCGUCAAAACUAUACAAUGGGACGAGGAUAUAAUUCCGUCAUUCCACUACGUCUUCCCUUCAGCUCUUUGGUAUGGCAUGUCAAUACUUGUAUUUGGUAUUGUGAAAUUUGAGUUGAUCUUGGUGUUACAGAGGCUAUUGGAGACAUGAGAUGGUGUGAAUUGCAAUUUUCCUGAUUUUUUUUUCCCUAUACUAUACUUUUUUGUAAUUACUUCAUGGUUUGUUCAAACAUACUUGUAGGUGAAAUUUAUUGUAAUUCUUUUACAUCUUGCAGAGAAACAAUAUAGUUAUCUUGUGCAUUAUGAUC